GCCUCUCACCUUCCUCCGACAGGUGGCUGCCAUCUGCGCCUACCCCCAGCUGCUGGGUGCUGGGUUCCUGCCCGAGGAUGCCAAACGCCGGGCGGCACAAGUCCUGAGACACCUCCAAGGUGGCAGCCCAGGGGCGUACAACCUGGAGUACGUCAUGGACACGGUGGCGGUGAAGGUGGCCCGAUACCUGGAGAGAAGGGACGGUGGGACCCCCAGUGACCCCCGCUGCAUCGUGCCCUGCGGUGGCACCGCGGCUGCCAUGGUGGACGUUCUGACGCUGGUGGUGGACGAGAGGGCGGCGGUGCCCACGGGGGUGCUGGUGCCGGUACCGGGCCCCCCGCUCCUCGGGGGGGCUACGGGGCUGGCGGGGGCCGUGGCCGUGCCGUACCCGCUGGCCGAGGAGCGGGGCUGGGACGUGGACACAGAGACGGUGCGGCGGGUGCUGGGGCGGGCGAGGGAGAGGUGGCACCCCAAGGUGCUCUGCGUCGUCAACCCUGGAGACCCCACCGGACACGUGCUGAGCCGGCAGAGCAUGGAGGACAUCAUCCGGCUGGUGGCCGAGGAGAACCUCCUGCUGCUGGCGGAUGAGGUCUUCCAGGACAACGUGGCCACCUCCGACCGCCCCUUCCUCUCCUUCAAGCGGGUGCUGUGGGAGAUGGGUGCCCCGUUCUCCUCCACCGUCCAGCUCAUCUCCUUCUACUCCCCCUCUCCAAGGGCGUCGGGGGGGGUGGUUUCCGAGCAGGUUUCUUUGAGCUGGUGAACAUCGACCCGAGCGUCCUGAAGUGUUUCCCCACGUGGGGGUUCUCGGUGUAUCCCUCCAUCCUGGGGCAGGUGAUGCUGGAGAUGGCCAUGGAGCCCCCACUGCCCAGUGACCCCUCCUACCCAGCCUGUGAGGAGCAGAGGCAGGGGCUGCUCCAGGACCUGGCCCACAACGCCCGGUUGGUGCAGGAGGUGCUGGGCCGGGCCCCCGGCAUCCACUGCCCCCCGCUCCAGGGGGGUGCCCGCGCCUUCCCCCGCAUCCAGCUCCCGCCCCGCGCCCAGCGCCAGGCCCGGGAGCUGGGCCUGGAGCCCGAUGUCUUCUUCUGCCACAAGCUGUUGGAGGCAACAGGGAUCGUGGUGGCCCCAGGGAGCGAGUUUGGGCAGAUGGAGGGCACCCACCACGUGGGGGUGUCCCUGCUGCCACGGGCCGCGACGCUGGAGCGGGUGCUGCUGACCCUCACCCGCUUCCACGCCGCCUUCCUGCAAGACUUCUCCUGAUGUGGGGGGCCACCUUGGCCCCGUGUCCCCCCAUUAAAGCCCUCC